AUGACCUGGUAACACUGCAAAAAACCAAGACGCGCUGAAGUUUUUUGCCGACAAUAAACGCAAAAACCAACUGAGAAGCGAAACCACGAGACUUUCAACAGCAUUUAACAAUCCAAAUAUAAUUCGUCAUGGCCCUUGUGAAACCGAAAUCGGAACUGACUCCGGAGGAGCUGGCCCGGCAGGAGGAGGAGGAGUUCAACACCGGGCCGCUGUCCGUGCUCACACAGUCCGUGAAGAACAACACCCAGGUGCUCAUCAACUGCCGCAACAACAAGAAGCUCCUGGGCAGGGUAAAGGCCUUCGAUAGGCACUGCAACAUGGUCCUGGAAAACGUCAAGGAGAUGUGGACGGAGCUGCCACGGACCGGGAAGGGCAAGAAGAAGGUGAAGCCCGUGAACAAGGAUCGGUUCAUAUCGAAGAUGUUUCUGCGCGGCGAUUCAGUCAUCCUGGUUCUCAGGAAUCCACUGGCCACGGCGGCCGGGAAGUAGUCUGCCAUAGCGAUAGCGUACAGCCAAUAACCACUUAAUAAAUCCAAAAAUCAAAUCUCUUUAUCAAGAAAAAAAAGUGUGAGCUUUGAUUUCGACUCAUAAUUUACGACGAAAGUGUUAAUACCACCUUAGUUCUAAUAUGAUGGGUAAGAAAUUAAUUUCAUAUUCCAAUUAUAAAAUUGUAUAAGAAAA